AUGCCGGCCUGUGCGCCUGAGUACCGCUUUGUACGUUCUAAUACUGAUCUCUUUUCGCCAAGACCUAAGCGAUGUCCCCACCAACCACCUUACACUCUACGGCGAUCCUUCUCUUCUUCAUUCUCUCUUAUACCUGAGGAACAAGCCGUGCCGCCGGAACACCCAUCGCCAUUAUGGAAAUUCAUACGGAUGCUCACAUGGUUACCACGUCAAUUUCUUCGACCGUUGUUUGCGAUACUUAACAUUAUCGCACAUCCAGCUUGGAAGCAAAUACUGUUGGUGCUACCGACUCUGUGGAUUGCCGCAUCGUUGUUCAUAUUUUGGAAGUGUAUCCAGUGCCCACUUGGAUUAUUGAAGAUGGUCGGGAGUGCCUUAUCAAGCAGCCCCAACAAGCAGAAAACAGUAUUAAUUAGUGGUGGAAGUUCUAUUCAAGCAUUACAUCUCGCACGGAACUUUCACUCCGCCGGUGCCAAAGUGAUAGCCUUUGAAAUUGAGGGCCAGUUCCCUUUGCUAAAAUAUUCGGCUGCUGUUAGUAAGUUUUAUACUGUACCUCGACCAAAUUCUGGUGAUCCCUUGGCGUACACCCGAGCCUUAAAGGAAAUUGUUCAGAAAGAGUCGAUUGUAUUUUAUAUACCCGUCAGUUCUUCGACGCCUGCUUACUUCGAUGCUUUAGCGAAACCUCAUCUUGAAGUGAUUGGGUGUCAGUGUUUUGUGCCGUAUGCUCGUGACGUUGUCGCUUUAGAUGAUCCACUGGAACUAAUCCGCGUGUGUCGCGUAGCAGGUUUGCCAAUACCGCAAUUUUGGGUUGUUGCCAGCGAGGAUGAUGUUAGAUCUUGGUACGAGACUCGUGCCAUAAAGGGCAAAAAAUAUUAUAUUGUAAGUGCCGGUGCAAGAGGGGCAAGAGACCGUAUGAGAUUUGUAUUGCCGGAAAAUGUAACGCAUUUUAGAUUCCAUCGUGAAAUCAGUGCAGAAAAGCCUUGGGUCAUCAUAAGAGAACCAAAGGGAGAAAAGCUAAUGACCUGUACUACAUUGAAAGAAUCGCGGGCAGUUAAUAAUGUUACUUGCCGAUUAGAGUCCGAUAGAAAAGGUCUAAUACCGCAAAAGGAUGAAGAUACAGAUGCAUGGGUACAGAAAUUCGUUUCGUGUCUUACCGCCGCGCGCCCAAUGACUGGUCACAUAUCCUUCAGGUUGGUGAAAGAUGAAAAUCCUGAAAACGGUAAAAAGAAAAUAGUGGCAAUUGGUGCACGCGUUGGUGUGUCUUUACCUUAUUUGUGCCAAGGAUCCAAAGGAUGUGCUCAUGGUGCAACUGUAGGAAAGCUUUUGAAUACUGUGCUCGACACCCGCGAAGCCCUUUUUGCGUAUUGGGAUCCCCUACCAUACUGCGCGUACUUCCAGUCCCGUUCACCGGACGAUCGCCGCCCGCCAACGCCGGAGCCCUGCAAGACUCCACCACAUGCACCCAACUGA